AUGAACCUCGAUUUCACCUCGAUCCCACAGAAUGGGUGGUCGGUCGACCCCGCCGCAUUGAAACGGGCGUGGCGACUGAAGAUGGCGGUCACACAUCCGGACCGCAUGGUUGGUCGGAGUGACAAGGAACAGCAGAUUGGUGCCCAGCAGAGUGCGUUGAUCAACCGCGCAUACGAGACGCUGCUCAACCCUUUGCCUCGGGCGCACUACCUGCUGGAGCGGCACAACGCACCGGAAGUGUCCGAGUCGGACUCGCUCGAGGACCCCGAGCUGCUGAUGGAGGUCAUGGAGCUGCGGGAGAGGCUAGAGGAGGCGGAGAGUGAAGAGGAGGCCGCCGAGGUCAGGGCGGACAAUGCCAAGCUGCUAGAGGCGACGGUGGAGACGCUGGCACAGGCAUUUGGACAGAGCCCGCCCGAUCUGGAGACGGCCAGGCAGGCAGCGGUGCAGUUGAGGUAUUGGACGAACAUCGAAAAGGCUGCGAGGGAGUGGUCGCCCGGCAAGCGGGUCGAGCUGCAGCACUAA